UCGACAGGCUAUAGUGUGGUGGAAAAUUCUAUUUGUAAACAAUCAACAUGGCGGAUGAGGAGGACGAACUUCUUGAUAACGAAGAAAUAGAACACCCGGAAGAGUACAAUGAUGAAGAAGGAGACGACGGGGAUGAUGACGACGAUGAUGAAAUAGGCAUCUUAGAGAGGCUACGACUUCAGUUCAGAGGAAGGAUAGACCAGGAUAAAGAUAUCAAAAGACCCGAAAAAAUAACUUAUGAUCCUGCUCUUCCCACAACACAUGCAUAUCUAGGCUCAGACUUGGAAGACUACAGCGGACGCACAGUUUUGGACGAUGAGUGCUCCAUAUCCCUUCCUUUGGUCCAGCUACCAGGGGUAGUCCUAGUACCUGGGGAGACCAUUCCUCUGCAUUUUUUCAAUCCUAGGAUCAUCAGUAUGAUGAAACACAUUCUACAGAACAACCGGACGUUUGGCAUGCUCUAUGACAGUCAGGAAAGACCAUCAUCGAGACGUGAGAUCUCUGUUCCGGACCUUGGGACGACAGCAGAGAUCUUCAGUGCCAAGGAGGAAGAUGAUGGAGGUAUAGAGACGAUGAGGAUGAAGGCGAUGGGAAGACAAAGAUUUAAAGUGAUGGAAACUAGAAGACAAGCUGAUGGUAUUCUGAUUGGCCAGGUGAUGAUCCUCCCAGAGAGGUGUCUCCCAGAUGUUCUCUGUACAGCAAGGAGACGGUCCCUCGGUAGGAGAAGAAUGGUUCCCCAUCAUAUCUCACCCUCUGCUAAGGAUGGGGGCAUGCAGUGGCUGAAGGAGAGAAGGAAACGACACCUGUCUGAAGCUGAUCUCACCUGGUGGCCACCAUGGGUCUAUGAGAUGUACGAUGAAGAUGCUCUGAUGAUGAAAAUUAAAAAUGAGCUGAGAGGCUGGUAUGAAAACUCCUUGCAACUGAAACAGAUGCCCGCUACACCUUCUGAUUUCUCAUUCUGGGUGGCGAGUAACAUGCCACUUGAUGAUGCCGGAAGAAUAGGCCUUCUGAAGAUUGACUCUGCUGUACAGAGACUAAGGAGAGAAUUAGAACUCCUACAAAAGUGCACCGUAUUGUGCUGUAGAGAAUGCAAUAUUCAGAUUGCAAACAAAAGUGAUGUAUUUUGUAUGUCCCUCGAUGGGCCCAUGGCUGCAUAUGUGAAUCCCGGAGGCUACGUCCAUGAAACCUUGACCGUCUACAGAGCUCAGAAUCUUAACCUGAUUGGGAGACCUUCAAAAGAAAAUAGCUGGUUCCCAGGGUAUGCAUGGACGAUACUCCAGUGUCGGAGGUGUACCAGUCACAUGGGAUGGAAAUUCACCGCCACGGAGAAGAAACUCAAACCCGACAAGUUCUGGGGACUGACCCGGUCAGCUCUGAAGACCGGUCUACAGUCCGGUGAAGAAUGACACCUCCGCUCACUGGACGUCUUGCAAAGAUCAGGAUGGGAUUUCUCGCUUGCCGGUGAGGUUUUGCCUUUGAGAAAAACUGAACAGCAGGAAUGCUCCAAAGCGCUUCACGUGAAAAUUUCUGUCGGAGCGUUGAGAGUGUUUCAUGAAGCAAGUUGUGAGUGAUUUUCACAAACAAAUUUGCUCUGAGCCAAUCAGGUGCGAGGAUCUCAAGUAGCAGGAUGCUAUGCAAAAUGCGCUGGUAAUGUAGAUGAUAUCACAAUGCAUGUAAUAUGAGGACAACUCGGCAUCUUUCUGUGAUUCUCUGAUGAUGUGUAGUCUGAAAUCCAGACAUUCUCUUUUCAUUUAACUUACAGCAUUUUCAGUGAUAUUUCAUGAUAUUUUGGCUGUCGGAAGUGGUCUAUCUAUAUGCCAAGAAUGCAGUGAUGAAAAUACUGUAAUGAUACAUUCAACUCAUUUCCCUGAAUUCUUAAAAAGAGACUCAAUUCUACUAUGGUACAAAUAUGCCAGUUUAUUGCAUUAUUGUGCUUCAUUCAAGCAUGGAUGUAGUGGCCUUUGUCAAAAAUGUGCAUUUGUAAUUGGGACGUUUGUUAGUGUGCACAAUUAUAUAAGUGUAAUUAUGACAAGAACUCUGCAUAGGCCUUGGUUUUUGUACCAUACUAUAAUUGAAAGCAGCUUUGUGAAAUUAGGCAUUUUGGUUGGUAUCACUCUGUACAUCAGCCACAUGAAAAUCAAGAAGGUACAAUUUCAGUGUUACCAAAUGCAUUGUAAACUAAGAAUGAAUUAAUCUUCACAUGUUUCAUUACAUUUCAUGGUGUAGUACAGCUUUACGUGCUUGGUAGUGGCUUUUUUAUAUUUCCUAAUAUAUGUGAAAUCAUGAUAUUUCUGAAGUUUAAUGUCAAUCUCAUGCAAGCUGCAUAUUGAUUUGCUGACACCUCACAGAUUAGUGUAUGAGAUUAGCAAAGUACUUAAAGGAUGUUCUACAGUUUAAAUGAAAUCCAUAUCAUGUUCACCCAACUUUGCACAGAGUUUGGCAAAUUAGCAAAUGAAAGAAAUUUAAACUUCUUAACCUCAGCUGUUAUUUGAUUUCUGUUUCAUAAUUAAGCACAUUGCCUACUGGAAAUGGGUGGGCCAUGUGCAAAGCCUAUGUGAAUCACAGAAUUCAGUAUUCAAUUGGUUAAGAGCUUUCUUUUAUCAAGUACCUUGUCCCACUUUCAAUUUUAAUUUGAAAUUCACACCUUUUUAAAUCAAUAU